CAGGGCUGCUCGUUUGCACCCUCAAAGGGUGCUCGUCCUGGGACAAGUGCUUUACACCCCUAAGGGAUGUAAAAAAGUUUAGUGUGCACCGCUGCCUCUUCAGCCUUGCUGUCAUGUUGCUCAGGACUGGAGCUAUGAACCGGCAGAAGUAGACGCCUCAGGUUGUUCCUCAGCUAGAAAACACUACAAUAUAUUAAUCUCAUACGUGAUGUGUCUCUUUAACAGUUGGCCAAGGCAGUGCAGAAUGACGAGGGAAAGAAGAUUGACACUGCAGACAUAGAAAUCUCAACUACUUCCAAGAAAAAGAGAAAACUGGGAUGGCUGACACCCGCAGACGCACAUGCAGCUGUACUCUGUGCACCUUCAUUAAUCUGAGAUCUCAUUGAUCUCAUCCUUAUUCGCCUCAGCCCCUAACCAAGUUUAAAUACUGAUCCCGUUUUCAAAAUAAGGCGUGUCAAAUUCACGUGAACAGGAUUUCAAUCACAGCAUAAUAUAGCAGGGGUUGAAAUGGACGGUAAAUAUCGUUUACCGAUUCGCUGGGCGGUCUCUUAACAUAACCGGUUUGGGCUGAUGAGUGCAUAAUCAUCUCAUUCAAAUGUAAAGCUUAAUUGUGCUCCUUUAUGUUUUAUUUGACAUACCUGUUUCCAAAUUUCGCACCCAGUUUCAGUAUUGCUGAAUAUGAGUAGUGAAGGUUACAAACAAGUAUUGUCGCCUUCCGUUCUUUACUGUUUAUUAAUCGUCGUCUUUCUAAACCUCGCAGAUCAAACUAGGCAAGGAUUUCGACACACAUGAGAACGACACUUCGCUGCUUUGCAAAGGUGGCCGUUCACCAGCCGAGUCCCUUUUCGGCGGUGCAAGACCUUUGAGCUACAUUUUGUCUUUACACAAAUGCGACAGAGCCAGAUCAAAUGAGAUAGAUGGCUACAGUUGAGCCUGCUGCGCGAGAACUUUCCAUUGUCCGUCUUACCUUACUUUGCCGACCAACCGCCCUCACCCCUCUUCCUUUUCAAAGCCUAGCGGAGGCUUUCAUCCACUUAUUUAUUUAUACUGUAUAAUCUCUCUACGUAUGUCUUAAUGCGGACACACUGAAUAGUGUCUUCCUUUUGUUGUAUUAUGUCAAAAUGUCUGGAGGUGCUGUCUUAUUUCUAAAACUGAAACAAUGUGUGCCAUGUGCGCGUUCUGUUUAUUGUUUGCUGAAGUAAUGGCAGAUCUACACAUUUCUUAUUGCCAUGCUUACAAACCACAGGUGCUUAAAACAUUGGGGACCACACAGAACCGACAGAGAAGCGGCCGGCCAUCGGCAGUCAGAAGAUGGUGGUUCACAAGCCCCUCCGGUCGUAAGCGGUUGCAAGCCGAGCUAACCGGAAAUGCUCUUAAGGCGAAUGUGAUCGACCCUUCGCUGCCUAGGAAGGACGGCCAGCCGCCAGCCAGCUAUACUUUGGCAGUGCCAGACCUGCGGGCUACAUUUUCCCCCAGAUGAAUGGAACCAACUAUAGUCAGUUACAGGUUAAGAAGGUAGCGGCAAAUGCCCCUCAAAGCAUUCGACUUCGAAUGGCAGAGAACGGACUGCGAGGACAAGGGGGCGGAGCUCUCCUUCCAAGGAGCCGAAUUGCAGAGGCAACCAUUGAAGAUGGACCAGGAGGGGAGGACUGACGGCGGUGCGACUUCUGCCGCCAAUCUUAUGGUGCCCUCAGAACUACCAACAGCAGACUUGAUCGAAGCAUACUCUGGCGACAAAGUGGAUACCAUCGACCGUGACAGCCGCAGGGGUGACACCUCUCCCCCGACUAACUGGUCGCGCCCACACAAGCAGCAAACGCACCGACGACCGGACAAGCACCCGUGCCGCUUCUGUCCUUACUCAUGCUCUUCCGCAUCGGAUGUCGCCGUCCACGAGAGGACACACACUGGAGAGAGGCCCUUCAGUUGCGGUGCCUGCAAGAAAACGUUCGUGCGGAAGUCUCACUUGACAGCUCACGAUAGAAUUCACACCGGGGAGAAGCCGUUCAAGUGCAACACGUGCAGCAGAGCGUUUACUCAGAAAGGCAGUUUGGCGGUUCAUGAAAGGACUCACACAGGAGAGAGGCCCUUCAGUUGCGGUGCGUGCAAGAAAAUGUUCGUGCAGAAGGCUCACUUGAUAUCUCACGUUAAAAUUCACAAAGGAGAGAAGCCGUUCAAGUGCGAGACCUGCGGUAGAGCGUUUGCGACUUAUAGCAAUUUACACACUCAUCGGAAGUUACAUCGCAAGUGAUCGAAACAGCAACGUGCAUCAUAGUUGUGAAUGGGGUUUAAACAAAAUACGCGAGCACCGACGUGUGUUCAUUUCGUUCGGCAAUAGACCUACAGGAGCUCUACUUGCGAGCAGUGCAGGUUUCGAAUGGUUGGAAAAUAUUUCGGCCUAUUAUGUAUCGUGUAAACACAGAUUAAAUUGUGAAUAUACCUUACCUGAAGCGACCCUGGUUCUUUUUUGUACACGAAAAAAUAAUUACUUGAAGCCUAGUAUUCUUAUAUUCAUUUAGAGUCAUUAAUCUCGUGCUGCACCUGGCGUCUCUGGGUUGUCUGUAGGGCCACUUGUGUUCCUUACAAGUCGACCUACUCAUGACCAUAAAUACACAAAUUAAUAAAAUAACUAACGACUUUCAAUAGCAGCAAUUUUGGAUAUUGCAAAAGUUAAGAAACUAUAAGAAAAACUUAGUAAUGCGGAGGGGUCAACAGAAUUUUAAGAUGUAAAAAUAAAAUUAUAUUCCAAACUAUUUAACACACCAAGCUGGAAAAUAUUGCUUUACUCAUAGGACAGCAACAGAAUAUACAUGACUCGAAGAUUUAGAAAUGCAGUGCUAUUUCCUAUCUCAUUUCUUAAUAUUCUUCGUCCUUUUUCAUUUUGACCGGUUGCAGUUGCCGAAUUCCCAUGACAUCCUUCAAUGUGCUUGCUACAUGAAAUACUUGUUUCUAUGUUUUUCUUUUGCAUGAUUUUAUUAUUAUCUUUUUUUUUUGGCAUAUUCACGAAGACGGUCCUGAUCAUUGAGGAUAUUCACACUUUUAGUGCUAUUCAUUUAGUGUUCAUAAACAUUUAGUUUCACCUUUCAUCAAAGCGGUUUUGUUGAUUUAGAAUAUUCGUACUUUUAGUGCUAUUUAUUUGGUAUUCAUCUAGUUUCACUGGGAUUCGUCAGGCCCUUAUUUCUUUGAACUUCUUUUUGUAGUAGACGGUUCAUAUAUAUUUGUUUUACUAAAGGCAUAAUUAACUCCACUGUGUAUAAUCAUGUAUUUAAACACUGUAUCGGCAUAAUUCAUCUAAAUAUGUCUUAAUCUACGCUGACUGUACAGUGGUUGUCACUAUUGCCUGAUGCGCCAGAAUCGCUGCAGGUGGAGUUCUAUUCCAAAAUGUAUAAAAUAUUUCUUUUGACAUAAAGAGGGUGUUUCCGGGAAAACGGGCAAACUCGUUACUGCAAAAACGACUCAUUGCACAAUAAAGAAGCCUGCUGCCGUA